UCUUAUGGAUUGAGUGUACAGUAAUUUGGUACUGGGGGACUCUUCGUUUUCUACUUUUCUUUUCUUUUGCUCUCUCAAAAUCAUCAAUUUUUAUGUUUCAGCUUCUUCUCUUUCUCAUCGAACUGAAAAGUCGAGACUCUUUGCAUUCACUGAAGCCCCUCCAAGCUUUGCAUUGAACUCGUUGGUGUUCACUGAUCACGGCAACGACAUUUACAUUUCUGUCUCCGAGACCUAAAAAGUGUUAAGUCUUUGGUUUCGCCUCUGUCUACAAAAGGAGCAUUGUAAGAUGGAUCUCUUAAGCAGUUUACCAGACGAGGUUCUUUGUCAUAUACUGUCCUUCUUUACAACAAAGGAGGCUGCGUUGACAUCGGUUCUCUCAAAGAGGUGGCGAAAUCUGUUUGCACUUGUCCUUAAUCUUGACAUUGAUGACUCUACGUUUCUGUAUCCGGAAGAGGGUAAGCGGAAAAGAGAAGGAGUUCUGCAGAGCUUCAUGGAUUUUGUGGAUAGGGUAUUGGCAUUGCAGGGUAAUUCUCACAUCAAGAAAUUUUCCGUGAUGUGUGGGACUGGUGUUGAACCAGGUCAUGUGAGUCGUUGGAUAUGUAAUGUCCAGCAGCGUGGUGUUUCCGAGCUUGAUCUUACCAUCUGUUUUGGAUAUAAUUAUUUUCUGCCUCCACAAGUGUUCAUCAGCAAGACACUAGUUGAGCUUAUACUGAUGAGUGAAAUUAGAAUUGACGGGUUGGUGGAGGGCGGAGUAUUCUUACCGGUGCUUAAAACUCUCCUUCUUGAGUUGGUUGAGUUUCGUCCUGAUCAGUUUCAGAUGCUUCUUCGUGGUUGCCCUGUGGUUGAGAGAUUGGAACUGGUUUAUGUUGAGUGGGUUCCUUGGGAUGAGACUGUCUCAAGUGAAAGCCUUAAGUUCCUCAAAAUUAAGUAUCAGAGUUCUUUUAGAAGCUUUUCUUUUGAUACACCAAAUCUUGUUGCCCUAGAUUACUCUGAAUAUGUCGCGGGGGACUAUCCAGUAGUUAAUUUGGAGAACUUAGUUAUUGCUAGAAUCAACCUUUUAGUAACUGCAGAUCAGAUUAAGCGAGCAAGAGAACCAGAUAAUGAUUUGUUAGAAGAUCAUGAGGAAGAUGUUGUUCUCCGAUUAGGUAAUGCGAAGAAGCUCAUGAGUGGCAUACGAAAUGUGACGAAGCUUUUCUUGUCUCCUACUACUCUUGAGGUGCUUUCUCUGUGCUGCGUGGCGAUGCCAUUGUUCAACAACCUCACUUUCUUAGCUAUUUUGAGUCAUGUGGAUCUCGGAUGGCAAGCAAUGCCAGUUCUCUUAAAGAACUGUCCACACAUGGAAACUCUAGUCCUUUGGGGUCUCUUACACUGUGAGACAGAUAAAUGCGGGGAUGCUUGUGACUGCAUUUCUCGGGAGGACAAAGGUCGUUCGCUCAUAUCUUGUCCAGUGGAGAAGUUACAUAUUAAAAGGUUUCGAGGAACAACUCGAGAGUUAAAGAUGAUAAAGCAUUUCCUAUACUCAUUUCCGUGUUUGAAGAAGAUGGAGAUACAUGCCGAAGAGAAUGGUCCUACAACCUUUGAACUCCCUGGAAUGUAUGAACAUGUCGUGGAGCAAAUGAUACUCUAUAACGAGUUGUCAAGUUGUGAUGUCCAGUUCAUGGUGUGUGAUUCCUUGUACAGGAAGUGGACGACUGCGCAGUGAAGUCAUCAAGUAACAAAACUUGCUCUUUGUUUUACCAAAGUUGUUCUCUUUGACGUUAUGUUUAAUGUGUUGUAGCGUGGUGUUUCUGUAGUUGAGGCUCGAAUCAUCCUAUGUAUUAUUAACUGAAUGAUCAAUUUGGGCGAGUAAGAGCAACAAUUUGUUCAGUUUA